CAAAUAAUUUUAUGACACUUUAUGACGCUCAAGGUACUUUCCAUGUGUUUAGAGAGAGAAGUGUCAGAGGCUCUGCUGUGUUGAGGCCAGAUAGUUAUGGGGAGAAAAAAGAAGAGGCCUAUGAAGCCAUGGUGCUGGUAUUGUAACAGAGAGUUUGAAGACGACAAGGUUCUCAUUUUCCAUCAAAAAGCUAAGCACUUCAAAUGUCACAUUUGUCACAAGAAACUCUUCUCAGCUCCCGGGCUGGCAAUCCACUGCUCACAGGUACACAAGGAGACGGUGUCUCGUGUGCCCAACGCAGUCCCGGGGCGGGAGAGCAUUGAGGCGGAGAUAUUCGGGAUGGAGGGCGUCCCAGAGGGUGACAUCAUGGCCAGGGAGCUAGCUAGAAAUGGGAAGUUUGAGGAGCCCCAAAACAAGAAGCCUCGAAUGGAUAUGAUGGGUGGAGCUCCAAUGAUGUCAUAUCCUGUCAUGCCUGGGAUGCCCCCACCCAUGAUGAUGCCAGGGGCACCCCCUCCUAUGAUGAUGAUGCAACAUGGAAUGCACCCCGGUAAUAUGCCCCCUGGUGGAAUGCACCCCGGUAAUAUGCCCCCCGGUGGAAUGCACCCCGGUAAUAUGCCCCCCGGUGGAAUGCCCCCUGGUGGUAUGCCCCCUCCUCCACAAGCUCCACUUUUCCCAAGUGCUUCACAACCUCCCAGCAGUGGACCGUCAAUGCCUCCUCUCCCCUCUCACUCAGGGCCGGGACCAUCACGCCCACCCCCCGAGACCUCUCUCCCCUCACUGCCCCCUGUUCCCACUCAGCCAGCAGCCAAGGUUCCUUCUGUCGGCCCUAACUGUGUCCUCAUACACCCAGAAGAUGACAUCUCAUUGGAGGAGAUCAGAAGUCGUCUGUCCAAGUACAGAUCAGCCAAGAGUGGCUCCGCCCAGUUACAACCCCCACAGCCAACGCCUCCCCCUAUGGUGCAGGCACCACCUAUGAUGAGGCCUCCCCAACCCCUCGGCCCUGGUCAUGUGAUCCGUCCUGGCAUGCCUCCCCCUCAAAUGAUGGGGGCUCCCCCUAUGCACCACCACCCUACGCACAUGAGUCAACCUCCUCGGUUUGGACUGCUAACGCCCCCACAGUGACUGAAUAUUAUAUGUAGCUGUAUAUUUAUGUAAUGAACUGUCAAUGUUAUCCUUCUUCUUUGUACACUUAUACGUGUCCUGUAUUAUUGUAUUGGACUGAUUUUUCUAAUUCGAUAUAAUUAUUCUUGAA